GCUCUCUGCUGCUCCUCCUGCAGGUCCCGGCACCUACACACUGCCCAGGCUGAUGGGCCCCAAUACAGCCUGCACGUCGGCCAGCCCCUGCUACUCCAUGAGGGGAAGGAGCCAGCGCGGCCGCUUUGACGAAGACCUUGCCAAGACUCCGGGUCCUGCGGCGUUGCCCAAAGUCGCUGUGGAUGCCUACAAGACCAGGGCGCCCGCGUACACCAUGGCGGCCCGACCAAAACCUGCGGAGGGCAAAGCAGCGAAGCCCGGGCCGGCAGACUACAGCGUAGGCCGGGUAAGGCAGCUAGCUGCUUAGCUCGUCCCCUCUGCUUCACAAGCACAGCCUUCAUGCCUCUCCCCCUUCCCCCGAGGCUUCCCCCGGCCAAAGAGCUUCUGGCCGCAGGGACCAAGUGCCGGAGAGCAGGCCUGCUCCCUGCCCUCGUGCCACCUCCGAGCAGAGGAAGGGAGGGCAGCAGAGAAGAGAAGGGCCCU